ACCGAUUUGAGCUGUUUAAAACCUCGCAUUUCAACAAGAGCUAGGCGAAUCGGAUUACCACAGGGCAAGAUUUUGAGCAACCAGAACUGUAGGGAAAUACAGGAGAUAAUUGAGCUGUCACAUGUCGUUUUUAUUCAAAAGGAAUCCAAAAACUGCUGGAGAUUUGGUGCGAAUUUUGAAUGAACAGGUGGUGAAACUCGAAACAACCAAUGGAUCAGAGAGAAAGAAGGCACAAGACGAAGUUUCCCGCCACCUCUUUACGAUAAAAACAAUCAUCAACGGAGAGGAAAACCCUCUCAAUGAUGCGUCACAUGGUUCACAAACAGAAACUUUGACUCAGUUGAGUCAGGAAAUCUACUCCUUUGACUUGAUGUACAACCUAAUUCUAAAUCUUCGUAACAUUGAGUUUGAUUCACGAAAAAUUGUUGUACUUCUGUUCAACUCUUUGCUAAAGAGAAAAGUGGGUAAUCGUUCUCCCACGGUUGAUUAUUUACUAAGCAGGCAUAAAAUUGUUGUUACUCUUAUGCGGGGCCCCGAAACACCCGAAAUCUCUCUUAAUACAGGCUUGAUGCUACGUGAGGCAAUAAAGCAUGAAGCAGUUGCCAAAAGCGUUUUGUAUGACCCACUAUUUUGGAAAUACUUUGAUUAUGUUAACACAGACUCUUUUGAAACAUCGACAGAUGCUUUCGCCACGCUAAAUGACCUUUUAACGCAACACAAACAGCUAGUUGGAUCCUUUUUUUCGAAUGAUCAAAUCGUAUCAAAGUUUAUUUCCGGAAUCAACAAGUUAAUAACGAAUGGUAAUUAUGUAACGAAAAGGGAGUCCACAAAGUUACUAGCGGAUUUGAUAAUGAUCAAACUUAAUUAUAAUCUGAUGACAAGAUACGUCAAUGAUGUGGAAAACUUGAAGAUUAUUAUGUUGAUACUGGGCGACAGGUCUAAAAAUAUUCAGUUGGAGGGCUUUAAUGUUUUUAAAGUUUUUGUCGCAAACCCUAAAAAAGAAAAAGCAGUUAUAGAUAUACUAGCAAAAAACAGAAAUAAACUUUUGCAAUUUUUAGGCAGCUUUAAUAAGGAGAGGAAUGAUGACUUGUUCAUAGCUGAGAAAGAUUUUAUAAUUCAACAGAUACAGGCAUUACCCAAAAUUAUAGUUGCAGAGAAAGUAGUCGAAAACUGAGAGAUUGGGUGAGCUUUUUCACAUAGUACUCAGUUUCAACUGCUCAUAAUUCACAACCAUCAUAAAAGGAAAGCAAAUUUUUGCCCAACGUGACAACUAAUUGCUGAAUGAGUAUAUAACUACUAUAUAAUUCGGUUCAUCGUUCAACGCGAGCUUUAUUCUCUAUGCAAAUGACAAAUCUUUUAACUCUUUAAAGCGUUCUGAAGUUAUAUCACUACUGUAUAUAUGAGAAGCUUUGAA